AUGACUGCCAGCCCGACAAAGACGGCCUUUGGUGAGCUGGAGGGCGGAGGCACCAUUAUGCAGACGGUUGAGGGCGAGGAGGAAACUCCACAUGCUCGUGGUCCCGAGGUCAUUGGCAUGGAAGACACCGGGCCCCAGAAGCAAGGCAAGCUCAACAUUGAGGGCGCCAUCGGCAGGCCAAGCCUCGACCAUAAAAGCCCAGAGCCGUCAGCCUCUUCCGAGACAGCCGCCAAGGUAAAGGAGACAAGUCAAGAGGGAGCUGAGAAGACGGAUCACGCCAAGGAUGCCGAGUCCAAGGAUGCUGCCGCGACUGAAGAAAAGACGGCGGAAAACAAGGACGUAGAGAUGAAGUCGGACGAUUAG